AUGCUGUACAAUCCAGACAGCAUGAUAAACCUGCCUGACACGGUUGGAAUUUCAAGGCCUGCGGUGUUAUUGCCACCCACCAACAACGUCACUGCUGCAGCCACUGAAGAAAGCGAUGACCAAACACCCACUGUUGAGGAGCACCAUCAGACUUACAAUUCUACCUACAGACAAAACUUAACAGCUUUCCAACUUUUCCAAAGACUUAAUAAAGUUGAUGAUGAUGAUGACACAAGCUCAUUAUUUAACAUAUGUCGAUCUAACGUAUGGAGUGGCGCUGUCCGAGGACUAAAGAGAAAAUCAUUCGCUCCAUCCAAGAGGCUCUCUUUGCUAUUCACAGACUCGAUAGGACAAGCGGAAGGGGCGAUUGACCAAGGUGGCCCCCGGAGAGAAUUUUUCACUUUGAUUAUGGAAGAAAUUAAGCAAAGCUCAUUGUUCGACGGCCCUAUGGACAAGAGGGUUCUGUCAUUCAACGGUGCAGCAAUGGCAGAGGACAGGUAUUUUCAUGCUGGUCAGCUUAUAGCAAUGAGUCUUGUGCAUGGGGGACCAUCGCCGACUUUUUUUUCUAAUGUCCUGUAUGAGUCGAUAGCUUAUGGAAUUUCUAAAACCACACCUGGAAUCGUAGAUGUGGCAGAUUCCGACAUACGGACAAUGUUGCAAAAGGUGAGAAUCAUAACAUAG